AUCAUAGUCCAAGAGAGAGAGAGAGAGAGAGAAGAAGAAGACGGGGAAGAAAGAAGCAACACAGAAAGAUCCUUUGGCAGCAAAAACUCUAGUGCUUCAGAUUUCUCAGUCUUAAGCAAUAAGCAAAUAAACAAAAAGCUAAAUCACAAAAAGAGAGAGAGAGAGACCCAAAUCUGUGUCUUUCUCCUAAAACCCUCCCUUCCCCCUGUGAAUUGUGUUGCUUUGCUGCUACUACUACUACGUCUCUGGAGAGAAAGUCAAAUUAUCCAAGAGAAAAAGAGAGAGAGAGAGAGAGAAAGUUUCUUCAUAUAUUUGUUGUUGUGUUUCUUUGCGUCUUUGAUCUGCCAUUGUCAUCAAACUUCUCUCAGCUCAUCAAUCAGCUUUCUUGCUUUAAAUUUUUCGGUCUCCUCUCUCCUCGACCAACAUUUACUAGGGAUAUGAGACAUUGACCAUAAUUGAGAAUCUUGAUGAAGAAGAAGAGUUCUUGAUAAAGAUUCCUGUAUUUGUUCUUGAGAGGAAUGGCAAGAGGUAGAAGAAGGUCAAAGCUCAGACUUAGCCAUAUAUACACAUUUGGAUGUCUUAGACCAAGUGCAGAUGAGGGUCAAGAUCCUCACCCAAUCCAAGGUCCAGGAUUUAGCAGGACUGUCUACUGUAAUCAGCCUCAUAUGCACAAGAAGAAGCCUUUGAGAUACCGCUCUAACUAUGUCUCUACCACCAGGUACAAUAUGAUCACUUUCUUUCCCAAGUCACUCUACGAACAGUUUCACCGCGCUGCCAACUUCUACUUCUUGGUAGCUGCCAUUCUUUCUGUGUUCCCUCUCUCGCCGUUCAACAAAUGGAGCAUGAUUGCUCCCCUGGUGUUUGUUGUUGGACUCAGUAUGUUAAAGGAGGCUCUUGAAGAUUGGAGUAGGUUUAUGCAAGAUGUGAAGAUUAAUGCGCGGAAAGCUUAUGUUCAUAAACGUGAUGGCGAGUUCCGUCGCAGAAAGUGGAAAAAGAUUAGUGUUGGGGAUAUUGUCAAAGUGGAGAAAGAUGGCUUCUUCCCUGCUGAUUUGCUCUUGUUGUCUUCCAGUUAUGAGGAUGGGAUUUGCUAUGUAGAGACUAUGAAUUUAGAUGGUGAGACCAACUUGAAAGUGAAAAGGUCCUUGGAAGCAACAUUAUCGCUGGAUGACGACGAAUCUUUUAAAGAUUUCACGGGGACAAUAAGAUGCGAAGAUCCAAACCCAAGUCUUUACACAUUUGUUGGCAAUCUUGAGUAUGAGCGGCAGAUAUUUCCACUGGAUCCAAGUCAGAUUCUGUUGAGAGAUUCAAAGCUUAGGAAUACACCUUAUGUUUAUGGAGUGGUGGUAUUCACAGGGCAUGAUACCAAGGUGAUGCAGAACUCAACAAAAUCGCCUUCGAAAAGGAGCAGAAUCGAAAAGACUAUGGAUUAUAUCAUCUACACGCUUCUCGUCCUACUUAUUUUGAUCUCUUGCAUAAGUUCAUCCGGAUUUGCUUGGGAGACAAAGUUUCACAUGCCGAAAUGGUGGUACUUAAGACCUGAGGAGCCUGAGAACUUAACCAAUCCAAGUAAUCCUGUUUAUGCUGGAGUUGUCCAUCUGAUCACUGCUCUGUUGCUGUACGGAUAUUUGAUACCAAUCUCUCUUUAUGUCUCCAUUGAGGUUGUGAAAGUGUUGCAGGCAUCUUUCAUCAAUAAAGAUUUACACAUGUAUGAUAGUGAGAGUGGUGUUCCAGCACACGCACGCACAUCGAAUCUAAACGAAGAGCUAGGACAAGUGGAUACUAUCCUUUCUGAUAAAACGGGAACUUUGACUUGUAAUCAGAUGGAUUUUCUGAAAUGCUCAAUUGCUGGCACUUCUUAUGGAGUACGUUCCAGUGAAGUCGAAGUUGCUGCUGCACAGCAAAUGGCUGUUGAUCUUGAUGAUCACGGAGAAGUAUCCAGUAGGACAAGUACUCCAAGGGCCCGGGCUCAAGAAAUUGAGUUAGAAAGUAGCAGUAAUCAUCGAGCUGAGCAUAAUCAAAGAAUUCCUAUAAAGGGGUUUGGUUUCGAGGAUAUCAGGCUAAUGGAUGGGAAUUGGUUGAGAGAGCCACAUACAAAUGACAUUUUGCUGGCCAAAACUUCUAUAGGAUCUGAUAGAGAUGAGUUGCUUGAGAGGAUAUCGGAUAUGAUUGAAAAAGACCUUAUUCUUAUAGGUGCAACUGCUGUGGAGGACAAACUCCAGAAAGGGGUGCCCCAAUGCAUAGAUAAACUUGCUCAAGCAGGCCUCAAAUUAUGGGUUUUAACUGGGGAUAAGAUGGAAACAGCAAUCAACAUCGGAUAUUCAUGUAGUUUACUUCGGCAAGGCAUGAAACAGAUAUGUAUAACUGUGAUGAACUCAGAAGGAGGAUCUCAAGAAGCAAAAGCUGUGAAAGAGAAUAUUUUGCUUCAAAUCACAAAAGCUGUACAAAUGGUGAAGCUAGAGAAAGAUCCACACGCUGCAUUUGCCUUGAUCAUUGACGGCAAAACCCUAACGUAUGCGUUGGAGGAUGAGAUGAAGUAUCAGUUUCUUGCUUUGGCGGUCGAUUGUGCGUCAGUCAUUUGCUGUCGUGUGUCUCCUAAGCAGAAAGCUUUGGUAACGAGGUUAGUUAAAGAGGGAACUGGGAAAACCACAUUGGCAAUUGGUGAUGGUGCAAAUGAUGUUGGAAUGAUUCAAGAAGCAGACAUUGGUGUUGGUAUCAGUGGGGUUGAAGGAAUGCAGGCUGUUAUGGCAAGUGAUUUUUCUAUUGCCCAGUUCCGGUUUCUUGAAAGAUUGCUCGUCGUUCAUGGACACUGGUGCUACAAAAGAAUAGCUCAAAUGAUCUGCUAUUUCUUUUACAAGAACAUAGCAUUUGGUCUCACUCUCUUCUAUUUUGAGGCUUUCACUGGGUUUUCUGGGCAAUCAGUAUAUAAUGACUACUACCUAUUACUCUUCAACGUCGUCCUUACUUCAUUGCCAGUGAUUGCCCUUGGAGUCUUUGAACAAGAUGUUUCCUCGGAGAUCUGCUUACAGUUUCCUGCGUUAUACCAACAAGGGAAGAAAAAUCUCUUCUUUGACUGGUAUAGAAUAUUCGGGUGGAUGGGAAAUGGUGUGUACUCCUCCCUUGUUAUAUUCUUCCUCAACAUUGGAGUCAUUUAUGAGCAAGCUUUCAGAGACGGUGGCCAAACUGCUGACAUGGAUGCUGUUGGUACUACCAUGUUUACAUGCAUUGUUUGGGCUGUGAAUGUGCAAAUCGCUUUGACGAUGAGUCACUUCACUUGGAUCCAGCACGUCUUAAUCUGGGGAAGCAUAGGUCUAUGGUAUCUUUUUGUUGCGCUCUACGGGAUGAUGCCUCCAAGUCUUUCAGGCAACAUAUAUAGAAUUCUAGUUGAGAUUCUUGCUCCUGCACCCAUAUAUUGGGUAACCACAUUUUUGGUCACAGUGACCACAGUCCUCCCUUACUUUGCCCACAUAUCUUUUCAAAGAUUCUUAUAUCCGUUGGAUCAUCACAUCAUUCAAGAGAUCAAAUACUACAAGAGAGAUGUAGAGGAUAGAAGAAUGUGGACACGAGAACGGUCUAAAGCACGGGAGAAGACAAAGAUUGGAUUCACAGCUAGAGUUGACGCGAAAAUCAGACAUCUAAGGUCAAAGCUCAAUAAGAAACAGUCAAAUAUGUCACAUUUUUCAGCUCAAGAUACAAUGUCCCCAAGAUCAGUAUAGCUUCUGGGGCAUUCUGAGGGAUCUCUCUUAAAGGUUAAUUAUACUUUUAAGAUUUCCAACCUGUAGAAAACAGUAUCAGGUUCAUGGAUGGAGGUAGGGCUCUGGAUUUUGAUUUCAGACUGGAGAUAGCUCUUGAUGCCGUUGUGUGUAUGACAUGGAAGAAGGGAGAAUUUUAUAUGGCGUGAGCUUGUGAAAGUAGCUGACUGAUGGUUUUGGGUUCUUGUUGUUGUAUCAGAAACAGUAACUAUACAUAGAUUUUUUUUGUGUAUACUUAGGACAGAUUGCAACACCAACCAAAAAAAGUAUCCUCCUCCUUUUGUUCCUCCCUCAAAUACUAUUGUUUACACUGUUCUGACA